UACCUCAUGUAUACUGUGUUACUAAGUCAGCCUUCGUGUUGUGUAGUGUUCCAUAUCAGUUCAACAGGAAUCGUUGAGCCAGUUUAACUCGCUAGUAAUUUAUAUUUUAAUAAGGCGUGAUAUACAGAGUUAACGGGUACACUUUCUACGUAUACCACAGUUUCUACAUAUAUACCACAGUUUUUGCAUAUAUAUACCACAGUUUCGACACAUAUACCACAGUUUUUAAGUAUAUAUCACAGUUUUUAAGCAUAUAUACCACAGUUUUUAAGCAUAUUAGAUUUAAAAAUCUUCCUGAUUUUAAUCUUAGUUAUUAAAUAUACGGAGAAUGGAAUUCCAUAUUUAAAAGUUUAACGGUUCGGAUUAUAGUGAAGAACACAGAUUAGAAAUAAAGUAUAGAAGACUGGAAUUCGAGAUGGAUACCUCUGACGUCAUCUGUGAUCACCCUUUAUUCACCGACGACAAUAAUCAUACAAUAGAGGAAGUAAAACUACGCUUGAGUGAAUUAGAGGACAGGGAAGCCAUUAUGAAAUUACCCGCCAUCUUGUUUAUCGGGAUAUUGUUGCUCAUUGGACUUAUGGGUAAUUUCCUAGUGUGCGCAGUUUAUCAUCUUAAAUUCCCGCCAAGUACCUCAAAGUAUUUCAUCAUGACUCUCGCCAUUUUUGAUCUUUUGAACUGUACCAUCGCCAUUCCUGCAGAAAUGGCCGAUCUCCGUUUUGAUUAUCAUUUCAAUUCUCCGGAUGUAUGCCGAGUCAUGCGCCUGACGAUUAGCUUCAGUACUUCCGCCUCGGCCGGAAUUCUACUUGCCAUAGCAACGGAUAGAUACCGAAAGAUAUGUCAUCCGUUUGAAAGACAAAUGAACUCACGCGAGACAAAACUUGGAAUAUUCCUCGCCAUAUUUGGCGCGUUAAUGGUGUCGUGGCCAGCAACUCUACUCUACGGUCGCAGUACGCGAAUAAUCGAAGGUGUCCGAGUGGCAGAUUGUGCGUUUGACGAUAGUGUGCGCAAUACGUGUUAUCCUCAAAUCUAUAUAGCUAUAUUAACCGCCAUGUGUCUGACGUCAAUGGGAGUGCUGAUUGUUCUCUACACGCUGAUUAUUUUACGUGUUUGGAAGCAGAAGAAACUCCGGGCGCGGUUCCAAUCACCUGUGGUCAACGAACCCGUCAACAACGUCCGAUGUGAUUGUUUCAAAAAGUUGAAUUGUUUUGACAGCCUGGAUUCUAGAAGCGCGAGCACGGAAGUCGAUAUUUAUAACGUGGAUCAAAGCAUGAUGGAAGAAAAACGGAAGUCGAAUUCAAGCCAGAAUCACAGUGUUCGGACCACUCUAAUGUUGUUAUUGGUUACAGCGGUUUUCAUCAUCAGUUUCAUUCCCUAUUUCGCGCUACAGAUUUUGAAAAACGCAGUGACGAACUUUGAACAAAAUCUCCAUUGUAAUCACGUUGCCAUGGUAGCAUAUAAAUUUUUUCUUCGUUCGUUCUUCAUAAACAGCGCGGUUAAUCCGAUCAUCUAUUCAUUCUUCAAUACGCAGUUCCGUUUGGAGUGUAAGGAGUUCCUGAAACGCGUCUUCUGUUCUCGUGGGUCAAACUGUUCCCGAUCAUCAGACUUAAACGAACCAAUAGACAACGCAAAUGUACCGGAAGUUACGAAAUACCAAAAGGCCGAAUCAACUGUGUUUUAAUGCUAGUACGUCUAAUGCUGAGGAUUGUUUUUUCAUCAAAUAAUAGGCCUAAUUUUCAAACAAUAUCAUCGUGACCUGGUAAAAUAAAAAGUUGGUGUGGUGUGCUGUGUGUUCUACAUUGCAAGUUGUAGACCUGUACCAUUCGAUUUCAUUACAAUCUGAUAAAAACACAGAUCCUAUUUCGUUUCGUUUGUUUGUACAGUUCAAAAUUUACUACACUAGGAUCUGGAAGAGUUGUUAUAUAACAUGUGUCUGGAUGAUGUGAGGGAUUGGCCAAUGAAACGGUUUGUUAUGGCGAGUUUUUGGCGUGAGGUGCACGGAACUGUGAGUAACCCACUAGAAACAUCAACGCUGAUUGGUCAAUCAAAUGUCUGACGUCGUAGGGUCAAUAGCCGCUUGUAUGACCUCUGACGCGACCUUGCACUACAAACCGGUCAGAUCUUCAUCGAAAGUAUAAUAAACACGAAACGAAAUAUAUAUCUGUAUUUAAAUCAUCUUCAAUAGAAGGCUUGAUCUCGCUUUAACUACGUACAUCUUAUCGAGGCCUUCACGUAAUACCCUGCAUAUUCGGUACUAAUUUCGACUUGGUAUUCACCCAGCUUCUGAGUCUAUCAGAUUCCUCGAUCAUCGCGAAUACCAAGUCUCGCCCUUUCCGGCUAAAAUGUCUACCUGUGAUAAUCGAGUUGCAAAGUUCAAGGUUCGUUCAAUGUCAAGGUUUCCGUGGAGGUCGCUAUGCCACAACCUCCUCUGAUUGGACACUACUGUUCACGUGUCUGCAGCUAACCUAGCUAUAAGUUGGGGAAUUGUAAAACUCGCAGUCGUUAUCCCAGGAACAUGUAUUUUAAUGUUGCUCCAGGAACAUGUAUUUUAAUGUUGCUCCAGGAACAUGUAUUUUAAUCAGAUUGGUUUUAUUACUAAAUUCAAUGUUUUAGACACACAGUUAUAAACCAUCGCUUUGUACCAGACAAAUGCAUUUGUUUAGACUUUAAUAAAAUGCCAGAAGGGCAAAGUUGACGAUGUCCAUAAAAGUUAUAUUUCAGCGCAACCCUUUGUGACAUAUGUCACGUCGUAAUCAAUCACGU